AUGGGGGUCUGUUGCUCCCCUCCUCAGACGCCUUUAUGUCCCUCUCUUCCUCGAUCCUUGUCGAGAAGUGAACUUUCUGGGAUAAGCCAGGUUUGCUGGCCGACACAGAGUGGCACCGCCGUUUCCCCGCGCGGUAGAAAUACCCGUUUCUCCUGCUUUUCAGCUCUGUCACUUGUUUGUUUCGUCCCGGUGUUCUUCCUGUCUGUUGCUGUUCUCCUUUCCACGGCGUGUCUCUCUGUGCGGAGCCUGUGUCUUUUCAGUUCAGAUGCCGCACGCACUUUCCGCUUGAGGCAAAAACCUGUUUCUGCCCUUUAUCCGCCCUUGCAGCCUCUCUCAUUUGCACUCGCCUUUCCGUGUGACUCUUUCAUCUCUUCUCAGUCUUCCGCUUGUUCGUUUUCACCUGCUGUCCGGUCGAAGGGGAGGAACAGUGGAACAGAGCGCUUGGAAAUCUUUAGAGGGGCAAAUCCGCCGCUAGAGUGGGGAGGUGUGUCUCUCUUUCGCAGAGUGUCUGCAGCAAGCCAACAGCCGCCAGAAAUGUUGUUCCGUUCUCUCUCUCGUCUCGCUUCUUCUGCGAGUCAAACCACUUUGAAGGGUCCGGUCACCCUCGCAAUUGAAAAGAAGCUCACAGAGGGUCUCCAGCCUACACAGUUGCAGGUGGUUGAUGAGACUCCCCUCCACGCUGGGCACGAAGGAACGCAAGGGCUCAGGUCUGCCGAGACGCACUUCAGAAUUUUCGUGAAGAGCGCGGAGUUCAAAGGUCUGCCUCUGCUUCAGAGGCACCGGAAGGUCUACGCGCUGUUGCAGAAGGAACUCGACGAAGGAAUCCACGCUCUGGCUAUUCAUGCAGAGGCCUCAGACUAGUCUUCAUAAACGAGAGGAGAGAUCACACACAAAAUAAAAAGCAA